AUGACGAAGGACAGGUUUGCGGCGCUACAAGCGGCGCAAAGCGACGAUGACGAUGUCGGGCCCGACGAUGUCAAUGUCCCCGUCGAGGGUGGCUUCAUGGACGAAUUCUUCAGUGAGGUGGAAGAGAUACGAGAAAUGAUAGAUAAGAUACAAGCGAAUGUUGAAGAAGUGAAGAAGAAGCACAGUGCCAUCUUAUCAGCACCGCAAUCAGAUGAAAAAACAAAGCACGAAUUAGAAGAUCUCAUGGCCGAUAUUAAGAAAACUGCCAACAAAGUCAGAGGAAAAUUAAAACACAUAGAGCAGAACAUCGAACAGGAGGAGCAUUCGAACAAAUCAUCUGCUGAUCUCAGGAUAAGAAGGACCCAGCAUUCGACCCUAUCCCGCAAGUUUGUCGAGGUGAUGACCGAAUACAACCGCACCCAGACGGAUUACCGAGAUCGGUGCAAAAACAGGAUACUCCGACAGCUCGAGAUCACGGGUCGCGCCACUACCGAUGAGGAAUUGGAAACCAUGUUGGAGCAAGAUAACCCUGCCGUCUUCACUCAGGGGAUCAUAAUGGAAACGCAACAAGCGAAGCAGACGCUCGCCGACAUCGAGGCGCGGCACGCCGACAUCAUCAAACUAGAGACCUCCAUCCGCGAACUGCACGACAUGUUCAUGGACAUGGCCAUGCUCGUCGAGAGUCAGGGUGAGAUGAUCGACCGCAUUGAGUAUCAUGUAGAGCACGCUGUGGACUAUGUCCAAACUGCCACACAAGACACAAAGAAGGCCCUUAAAUAUCAGAGCAAAGCUCGACGGAAGAAGAUAAUGAUAAUGCUGUGCCUCCUCGUCCUCGGGCUCAUUGCGACCGGCUACGUGUAUAGUAAAUUUUUCGCC